AUGGCGGCUCGUCUGCUCCAGAGAAUGCUCGGGAGCCGCCGCCUCCUCCUCUGCUCCCUGCCGCAGAGCUCCGGCGGCAGCUGCACUCGCGCUGCCCACGGUGGCACAGACACAGGCGGUCUCACUAAACAAGCUGAAGCAACUGUUGCUACAGACUGGAAAAAAAAAUUGACUCCAGAGCAAUUCUAUGUUACCAGAGAAAAAGGAACUGAACCGCCAUUUAGUGGGAUCUAUCUGAAUAACACAGAAACAGGAAUAUACUACUGCGUGUGCUGCAAUGCCCCGCUGUUCAGCUCAGAAAAAAAGUACAAUUCUGGGACUGGAUGGCCAUCGUUUUCUGAGGCUUGUGGUACUUGUGGCAGAGAUGAAAGCAAUACCAAUAUAAUGAGACGACCAGAUAACUCGUUGGGAUCAACUAGAACUGAAGUUGUCUGCAAACAGUGUGAUGCCCAUCUAGGCCAUGUGUUUGAUGAUGGUCCCGCACCUUCUGGGCAGAGGUUCUGUAUCAACAGUGUUUCAUUAAACUUCAGACCAGGCCCUGGUCAGUGAGAAGUGGAUCUCUGUGGCUUACAGAACACCCUUUCACUGCUUGUACAACAGGCUGGUGAAAAACUCUCACACUUUUAAUAUAGAACUCAAAUGUCAGUACUUAUGCCAUUGCAGCUUUGCUUUCCAGCUAUUAUCAGUGUUGGUAAAAUACAUAUUUUUGUGGUAACUCUUCGGCAGUCUGC